AUGUGGUCACAUGGUCAUACACCCGGUCGAAAUAAUGGUGGCAGUCCUUCAAGCCACGAACAACCUGCCUCCCCAGAGCCGCAGGAAGUGCAGCAAGUCCCGACUGAACAGGUGGAGGGCCCCUGCUCACCAUACUCUGACGAUGACGUUCUGAUUGUGGAAGAAGGUCCAUUUGUUUUUACGGAGAAGCAGCUAAAGGAAGCACUAGACUCGGUAAAGUCCAUCAUUGCACGAGAAGAAGCAGAUUCAACCGGUGAACAAUACUUGAAUGUUGAGGAUAUUGACCAAGAUGAUGAAGAUAAUAUGCCACGUCUGCGGUGGGAGGACGACGAUUAUCUAUCAGGGCCAUCGGCCGCAAAAGUUCGUCGUCUUGAUCUGGCCAGCAUUAAAGUACAAUUGCCGGCCGAUAGAUAUGGGCCCUUGACAUGCUUGGUAGAAUCCGAUCCAAGGUGCGGAGGCACUACAAAACAAUCGCCCCCUAUUGAUGUAGAGGCAAUUAAAACUCCAAACGUAAGCUGCCUCUGGGAUCAACUGCCAAGAAGCGUCACCGAUAACUUCCCAAUACUUGAGCCUGAACGCGCGAGAAUUUUAAGCGCUAAUGCCUCAUUGAUCAGUGAAGCUUUCGCUAGCGCUGCACAACCCGGCCCGUCAACAUCUAGGGACCCAAUAAUUGGGCCUGAGAUCAUCAAUAUUCCCCGAUCAGCACCCAGCACCAGCUCGUGGGCUGAUGACGUGAAUGACCCUCAACCUGGACCAUCAAGUGCUAGCACUGCGUGGUACGAGUCAGAGUAUAUUGGACUGAGUCGCCCGGGACCGUCUUACAUUAGCGGUCAAUGGACCCAUCCAACCUUGGCGGAUGAGACUACCAUACCAUAUACUCCCAGCGGCUCCCCAAUUGAAGGCACUGCGGGUUCAGCCUUUCCUGAUUAUCAAACAACGCGUCGUUCUCGCCCAGCUCAAGCUCAAAGUCAACGAGUGGCUCAACUGACGGCGCAAGGUGCAUUCGGCUACAAUGUCCGUGACGAUGGCUCGGAAGCUCUGCGCAGGGCUCGUUUCGCCCAGGGGAGAGACGGAAGCACCGGCAUGGAUACUUCGUAUCCACCUAUAUCACCUAAAUUAUUAAGUGAAACUACCUUUUCGGACAUUCCUUCCUUCCCCCAACAGUCCCUUUACUACGACGUGCCUUUUAUCCCCACUGAACCUGAGGAGCAACGACCGUUGGAUCUAACAAAUCCUCAACGGCAGAUCCCGGAGCUUAUUCCCAUUUCUACUCCCCAACGUUCUCCUGUGGGACACUGCUCUCGUCAGUCUCAGUACACUGCGUCUCGCACAACGCCCCGCCCGGCGCACCGCCCCGCUCUCCUGCCCACUUCGCGCGUCAUGCCGGUCAGUGCGCUGAGCGGCAUACCCCGCACUCAUACCGUUACGGCAUCGUCCGACAUUUUCAUUUACACCGAGCCCCCCAGGCACCUGACUCCACCAGAGACGCGCCAGUGGACUUCAAACCAGCCACAACAAUAUCAACCUGAAAUCUCAUUAGAACAAUACGCCAGCUGCUCUGAACACCUCUUGGUUCCUCGACAGCCGGAACCGGAGCCGGAACCGGAAUUGGAACCGGAACCGGAACCAGAGCCAGAGCCAGAGCCAGAGCCAGAACCGGAACCCGAACCGGAACCGGAACCGCAACCUCAACCGCAACCGCAACCGCAACCUGAAUCACAGCCACGUUCUCGAAUAAACCCAAUGUUAGAUCCUCUUCCAGAACAUCUUCUAUAUAUAGAAUGGCCUACCCCAGAAGAUCAACCGAUUGUCCGGUCACAACCGCGUCAUGUACCUCAGGUAGAACCCUCACUGCACGUUCCUUGGUUCACCCUAACUACUUCUGCUUCUGGGGAAUCAUCGAACUGGAGUGGUGGAGUCCAAUCGGCAAUCAUUACUACGACGGCUCCCUCUGAGCCCGCUCCUUCUCGUCCCGAAGCAUCAGCGAUCUACGACGUCAUUACCAUUUCGCCCGUUCCUUCCCCAUCCAUUAUAGUGACGGUGCCUCCCGACUCUUCGCCUCCUCGGUCCACACCUCCGCCAGAGACGGUAAUAGGAGCCUGCGAGACUACCUCCACGUUUGGAGUCUCGCGGCAGACUGACAAGGUCAGAGCCCUCUGA